AUGCCCGCUUUCGGAACGUGGAAAACCAUUGCGUCAAAUUUGUGCGUUGGGGCCAAGAACAACCAAUUUGCAGAGUUCACUUACAAAGAGUCUUCGGUGUUUUUCGUUGCAAUGAGGUUGGACCAUACAUCGGGAAAGAUUGGAUGUAGAACAGAAGACAAUACCAAUUGGGGUUGUGAUCCAAGUUACCCAAUGAACAUGAUCAUAACAGACACGAGAAAUAAACGUAUAUUUCCGGCCCCGACUUUGAUUACACUCAGCCCUGGUAACUGGUACACUCUGCCGGGAUACACGGAGAACUCGCCGACUAUCGCCUUUGCUGUCCCAGGAUAUCAAUGGUUGUAUCAUGGUCAGACAUUCAGAAUCUGGUACGGAGAAGAUCUGGCGGGUCACACGGAACACGACAAUCAUGGAAAAACAUGUAUGAAUGUACUCGUGCACACUGCACUAGAAAACAUACAUGUUUGAACUUUGCUGUUUUUAUCAGAAUAGAAUAGAAUAGUACGAAACAUAGUUUAGCAAGAUAAUAUGUAAGAUGAUUGCUAUAGAAGUACAAUAAAACUUGCAUAAACAAGCUGAU